UGGAGUUCGUACUUCAACAUGAUAUAAGACUGGCAACAGCGAAACAGAAUGAUUAAGUGAACGCACUCACAUUCAAGGAUAGAAUCGUUUUCUCAGCAAACACAACAAUGAAGAUAUUGGCAGCUGUUGUUCUGUGUUUAGUUCUGGUCGGCGCUGCCGUAGCUGAUGGUGAAGCCGAUAAUGCAACAGAACAGUUGCAAGCUGAAAUUGACAGUGCUUUGAGUGUUAUUUGCGAGUUCUACGAAACUGGUCUAGCCACACGCGGAGACCUGGCCAAAAGAGGAUGGUUCAGCAACUUAGUUAGAUUUGUAGCCCCUAUCAUAAGGUGGUGGUUUUUUGGAAAGAGAACAUCCGAUACGCUGCCAAUGGAUCAAGCCAGGAAUGUUGCAUUGAACGGGGUUUUCAACACAAAAGACUCCGAUGGCGAAUCAAAAUUACCUAAGCUGAGAAAAUGGUGGCAGGAUGUGAAAGGGGCGUACAAGUCUAAGAGAUCUGAGCUGACUGACGCCUGCGAUGCUGAGUUCAAGAACUUUGCAGAAAAGGUCGACUUCCUCAGCAUUCUUGUGGACAUCGCAGAGACUGUCAUGUGCGGGCAGUAAGCUAUUAGAGGUGGACAGUUG